AUGGACGCUGCAUUAAAUGUAACAUAUAUAACUCUUGGUGGGUAUGUGGAAGUGCAAAAAUACAGAUAUCUUUAUUUUGUUAUCAUGUUUGGAGUAUAUAUUCUGAUAAUCUGCUGUAAUUCCACUAUUGUGUGCCUCAUCGUGAUUCACCAAAACCUCCAUCAGCCGAUGUACAUUUUCAUUGCAGCUCUGUUACUCAACUCUGUUCUUUUCAGCACUGCCAUCUACCCAAAACUUUUGAUUGACUUUUUAUCUGAAAAACAGAUCAUAUCAUAUUCAGCCUGUCUCUUUCAGUGUUUUCUGUAUUACUCUUUAAACGGUUCAGAAUUCUUACUGUUGGCAGCCAUGGCCUAUGACCGGUAUGUGUCUAUAUGUAAACCUCUGCAAUAUCCAACCAUCAUGACAAAAACAACUGUCAGUCUUUUGCUGAUUUUAGCCUGGAUUCUGCCUGCUUCUCACGUUGCAGUGCCAGUUGUACUAAACAUUAAAAACAAACUCUGUAGCUUUACUUUAAAAGGUAUUUAUUGUAACAAUUCAGUUAACCAUCUUUACUGUGUCAGUUCAAGCGCAUUAUCUAUAUAUGGUGUAGUUGUUCUAUUGAAUGUUACACUUUUUCCAAUGGUCUUCAUCCUUUUUACUUACACAAAGAUACUUAUAAUUACCUAUCGGAGUUGUAGAGAAGUCAGAAAGAAAGCUGCACAGACCUGUUUACCCCACCUGUUGGUUUUAAUGAACUAUUCUUUUUUGCUGACAUAUGAUAUUGUUAUAAUUAGAGUCGAAUCUGAUUUUCCAACUGUACGUUUUGUAAUGACUUUGCAAAUGAUAAUGUAUCACCCUCUCUUUAAUCCGCUCAUGUAUGGACUAAAAAUGAAAGAAAUUUCUAAACACCUCAAAAGGUUGUUCAGUCAGAUCAAAGUGAACUGA